UCCCGGAAGGGGCCUGCGGUGCGGGGCGACCCGGCCGCCGCGCGCUCCUCUGGCCGGCGGACCAGGUCCCGGCGCUGCCUCCACGCCGCUGCCCCUCGGGGGGCUGGACGGAUUACUGCUCUCAGCACCAGCAGCCGGCGGACUGGGAAACUGAGCCCAGUUCUGGUCUUUUUAACCCUUAAGAGAAGAGACGAGGAGAGAAGGGGGUGUGUGUCGGAGGGCGGGGGGUGGGGGGCGAAGGACCGGCGAACACCUCCUCUUAACUCUCGCAGCACCGCGAGCGAACGACUGCAUCAGCUGCCUCGGGCCGGGAGCGGCCGACACAAGGAGAGGGGGCAGCGCGGCGGCAGCUUCGGCAGCGAGCGCGGCCUGGGAGGCUGCGAGGCGCCCCCUCACUCCCCGCCGGGUGGCAGCCCCGGAGCGGGCGGGGGGCGCCGGAGGCACACUCCGGCAAUGAAGCCGCUUCCCCCUCGGCUGGUGCGAGCCGGGGCCAGGGUCCAAGGACAAAGCCGGGAAGCGCUGGUGGCGCCCCGCCUCGGGCUGAGGGGGGGGCAUGCACCUGCAUAGCCCGCCGGGCUUCGGCUCUCCCGGCGCGCCUCAACUCCGCGGCUCCGCUAGCCGGCUCCGGAUUUACUAGAAGCCAUUUUGUCUCCCCCACCCCUCCCCUCCCCUCCCCUCUGCCCUCCCCGCCCCCUCUACUUCCCCCUUUUGUUAAUUAAAACUAAGAAGUGAGAAUGGGAACGAGGUGGCCAGCUCCGGCGGCAAACGCUUAAGGACACCGCGCCAGUUCUUCCCUUCCUUCCGAGAUGGAAAGAGGAGCUCCUAGCUCACUUAAGCCGGGGUAGGGCUGGUUCUCCUUUCCGAGCCAAAAUCCCAGGCGAUGGUGAAUUAUGAACGUGCCACACCAUGAAGCUCUUGUGGCAGGUAACUGUGCACCACACCUGGAAUGCCGUCCUGCUCCCCGUCGUCUACCUCACGGCGCAAGUGUGGAUUCUGUGUGCAGCCAUCGCUGCUGCCGCCUCCGCCGGGCCCCAGAACUGCCCGUCUGUCUGCUCGUGCAGUAACCAGUUCAGCAAGGUGGUGUGCACCCGCCGGGGCCUCUCCGAGGUCCCUCAGGGUAUUCCUUCCAACACCCGGUACCUCAACCUCAUGGAAAACAACAUCCAGAUGAUCCAGGCCGACACCUUCCGCCACCUCCACCACCUGGAGGUCCUGCAGCUGGGCAGGAACUCCAUCCGGCAGAUCGAGGUGGGGGCCUUCAACGGCCUGGCCAGCCUCAACACCCUGGAGCUGUUUGACAACUGGCUGACAGUCAUCCCGAGCGGGGCCUUUGAAUACCUGUCCAAGCUGCGGGAGCUCUGGCUGCGCAACAACCCCAUAGAAAGCAUCCCCUCUUAUGCCUUCAACCGGGUGCCCUCCCUCAUGCGCCUGGACUUGGGGGAGCUCAAGAAGCUAGAGUACAUCUCUGAGGGAGCUUUUGAGGGACUGUUCAACCUCAAGUACCUGAACUUGGGCAUGUGCAACAUUAAAGAUAUGCCCAACCUCACCCCCCUGGUGGGGCUGGAGGAGCUGGAGAUGUCAGGAAACCACUUCCCUGAGAUCAGGCCUGGCUCCUUCCAUGGCCUGAGCUCCCUCAAGAAGCUAUGGGUCAUGAACUCACAGGUCAGCCUGAUUGAGCGGAACGCUUUUGAUGGGCUGGCCUCCCUGGUGGAACUCAACUUGGCCCACAAUAACCUCUCUUCUUUGCCCCAUGACCUCUUCACCCCACUGAGGUACCUGGUGGAGUUGCACCUACACCACAAUCCUUGGAACUGUGAUUGUGACAUUCUGUGGCUAGCCUGGUGGCUUCGAGAGUACAUACCCACCAAUUCCACCUGCUGUGGCCGCUGUCAUGCUCCCUUGCACAUGCGAGGCCGCUACCUGGUGGAGGUGGACCAGGCCUCCUUCCAGUGCUCUGCCCCCUUCAUCAUGGAUGCACCUCGGGACCUCAAUAUCUCUGAGGGUCGGAUGGCAGAACUUAAGUGUCGGACUCCCCCCAUGUCCUCCGUGAAGUGGCUGCUGCCCAAUGGGACAGUGCUCAGCCACGCCUCCCGCCACCCACGGAUCUCUGUCCUCAACGACGGCACCUUGAACUUCUCCCAUGUGCUGCUCUCAGACACUGGGGUAUACACAUGCAUGGUGACCAACGUGGCGGGCAACUCCAAUGCCUCGGCCUACCUCAACGUGAGCACGGCCGAGCUCAACACCUCCAACUACAGCUUCUUCACCACUGUCACAGUGGAGACCACUGAGAUCUCGCCUGAGGAUACAACACGAAAGUACAAGCCCGUUCCUACUACGUCCACUGGUUACCAGCCGGCAUAUACCACCUCUACCACGGUGCUCAUUCAGACCACCCGUGUGCCCAAGCAGGUGGCGGUAACCGCGACAGACACCAAUGAUAAGAUGCAGACCAGCCUGGAUGAAGUCAUGAAGACCACCAAGAUCAUCAUUGGCUGCUUUGUGGCAGUGACUCUGCUAGCUGCUGCCAUGUUGAUUGUCUUCUAUAAACUUCGCAAGCGGCACCAGCAGAGGAGUACAGUCACAGCUGCCCGGACUGUUGAGAUUAUCCAGGUGGAUGAAGACAUCCCAGCGGCGGCAUCUGCAGCAGCAACAGCAGCUCCAUCCGGUGUAUCAGGGCUAUCGGGGAUAAAAAGGAACAGCAAAUCCAAACCACUGCCUAGAAGCCACUUUGCAGAAUUCAGGGAAAGACUGUUCUAUUGAAGUGAUUAUCUUCCCUGUUUGGGAGACCUGAGGGAAAGAAAAGGAUUUCUGCGUCCUUUGCCUUCCACUGAUGCAGCCCUGAAGAAACGAUGAUUUCAGUCGUCACUGUGGCUAGUGGGACAGUGAAAGCACAGCUCGCACUUAAUUGAGGCUUUUUAGCUCCUGUCACAGUGUGGCAACAGGGCACCAGAGCACCAGGAUUUGAACUGUGACGCCGGGUACAAAGCUUCAUUUGAAAAGCAAGAGAGAAGGGAGGAGAGGGAGGGAGAAAAUCAGGGACCUGACAGACAAGCUGCCUGAUUUUUUGCAGCCAAUGGGAGAUAUUAACCAGUCUCUUCAGGCUGGGCCCGUCUUCAAGGGCCAGGAAAACUGCUCCAGUGGGCUCAUUACUCACAGUUGAAGGACAGCAUGAGGCAUAAGCCCCCGGACGAGAAGCUUGCCCCAAAUCGUGAUUUCUGAUAAGGGUGCGACUGGUGAGGAAGUGGCAGUGGUGUGUUGAGGGACGGUGGGGACCAUCAACUCCCCAAACACAGCUCGCCAUCAAGCGCGCUGCCUGAUGGCGAUUCCGGGUGCUGUGACAACCAAGGCGGGGUGUGUGCGUGUGCGCACGCUCGCAUGUGCUCACACA